AUGGUUAAUUAUUACGAAGUCCUAGGACUGAACCAAAAUGCCUCGCAAGAAGACAUUAAAAGGGCCUACCGUAAGCUGGCAUUAAAAUGGCACCCAGACAAGAAUCCUUAUAACAAGGAUGAUGCAGAGAAGAAAUUCAAAGCUGUAGCUGAGGCCUAUGAAGUUCUGUCAGAUCCCCAGAAACGUUCUCUCUAUGACCGGCCUGUCAAAGAGCCACGGUUCAGAGGGAGAGGAGCCUGUGGCACUUUUCCCCACAGCCCCUUUGAUUUUGACUUUGUCUUCCGCAGCCCUGAGGAGAUCUUCCGAGAGUUUUUUGGAGGAAUGGACAUCUUCGCACAUGACUCCUGGGACAAUGAGUUUGACGAUGAUAAUCGUGGAGAGGAAAAUCGGAAUGGGUUGCAAAGUCCCCUUGGCCUCUUUUCUGGACUAGGUGCCUUUUCCAAUUUUGCAUUUAAUUCUCUUGGGCCCGGUGUGCACACUAUGUUCUCCUGCAGGUCCUUUGGCGAUGACAGCAGUGGAGCACAGAAUUUCAGAUCUGUAGCAACUUCUACAGAAGUCAUCAAUGGACGGAGAAUCACCACUCGAAAAAUUGUCGAGAACGGCCAAGAAAGAGUUGAAAUCGAGGAGGAUGGUCAACUGAAGUCCAUAAGAGUAAAUGGAAGAGAACAGUUGAAAUGCUAA